GCUUACAAGCAUCCACCAGAAGGCAUCCGAGGUCGACUUUUCUCUGCAGGCAAAGAUGGCGGUGCGGAAGAAAGACGGCGGCCCGAAUGUAAAAUAUUUCGAAGCGUCUGACACAGUCUCGCAGUUCGACAAUGUCCGUGUUUGGUUGGGCAAGAAUUACAAAAAGUACAUACAGGCAGAACCGCCUACCAACAAGUCCCUGUCCAGCCUGGUGGUCCAGCUGCUGCAAUUCCAAGAGGAGGUGUUUGGAAGACAUGUUAGCAAUCCCCCUCUGACCAAACUUCCGAUGAAGAGUUUUCUGGAUUUUAAGUCUGGGGGAGCUUUAUGUCACAUCCUGGCUGCUGCCUACAAGUUCAAGAGUGACCAGGGCUGGAGGAGGUUUGAUUUCCAAAACCCAUCUCGAAUGGACCGCAAUGUGGAGAUGUUCAUGACCAUUGAGAAGUCACUGGUGCAGAAUAACUGUCUCAGUCGACCGGUCAUCUAUCUCAGUUCAGACAUUGAACCCAAGCUGUUGGGCAAACUGAAGGACAUCAUAAAGCGACACCAGGGCUCAGUGACCGAGGACAAGGCAGCCAGCUCCCAUGUGGUGGUCCCUAUACCUGCAAGCCUGGAAGAGGAGGAGUGGGUGCGUCCAGUGAUGAAGAGAGACAAACAGGUUCUGCUUCACUGGGGCUAUUCACCAGACAGCUACGACACCUGGAUUUCUGCCAGCGAGGUGGAGGCUGCAGUGGAAGAUCCCCCCAGUCCAGAGAAGCCAAGAAAGGUACAUGCCAAGUGGAUUUUAGACCUGGACCAGUUUAAUGAGUGGAUGAACGAGGAGGACUAUGAGGUGGGUGAGGGGGGACCCAGGAGGAAGAGAAUUUCAGCCAAGACCCUGACGGACGAGGUGUCCCCCCCAGACGAGCGCAGAGACAGAAAGCCGGGGAGUGCCAAGAAGAGGAAGCGCUCACCUUCCCCAUCACCAACCCCACCCCCUCAGGAGAGCAAGAAGAAGAACACCAAGAAAGGACCCACGGCCCCUUACACCAAGUCAAAGCGAGGCCACCGUGAGGAGGAGCAGGAGGACCUAACCAAAGAGCUGGAUGAGCCCUCGCCUGUACCAGCUGUGGAGGAGGUCACACUGCCCAAGAGUGUCAACACUAAGAAGGACUCAGAGUCGACACCAGUAAAGGGCGGCACUAUGACCGACCUUGAUGAGCAAGAGGAUGAGUCCAUGGAAACAGUGGGGAAGGAGGAAGAGGAGGGGUCCCCCAGUGUGAAGGGAGAACCAGUGAAGGGCUCGGAUCUCCAUGAGGACAACGUGACUGAGCAGACCCACCACAUCAUCAUCCCUAGCUAUGCUGCCUGGUUCGACUACAACAGUGUUCAUGCUAUAGAACGCAGAGCCCUCCCUGAGUUCUUCAAUGGCAAGAAUAAGUCCAAGACUCCGGAAAUUUACCUGGCCUACAGAAAUUUCAUGAUAGAUACGUACCGCUUAAACCCCCAGGAGUAUUUGACUUCUACUGCUUGUCGCCGGAACUUGGCAGGAGAUGUGUGCGCCAUCAUGAGGGUUCAUGCAUUUUUGGAGCAGUGGGGUCUGAUCAACUAUCAGGUGGAUGCCGAGAGCCGCCCCACCCCGAUGGGCCCCCCACCCACCUCCCACUUCCAUGUUCUAGCGGACACGCCCUCCAGCCUGGUGCCUCUGCAGCCCAAGGCCUCACAGACUCCAUCCUCACAGCAGAUGCUAUCCUUCCCAGAGAAGGUGAAGGAGAAGCCUGCCGACCUGCAGAAUUUCGGCCUCAGGACCGACAUAUACACCAAGAAGAGUGGGCCUGCCAAGAGUAAGAGUGCCGCAAGCGCCACGCGAGAAUGGACAGAGCAGGAGACCUUGCUGCUGCUGGAGGCCCUGGAGAUGUACAAGGAUGACUGGAACAAGGUGUCGGAGCACGUGGGCAGCCGUACGCAGGACGAGUGCAUCCUGCACUUCCUGCGGCUGCCCAUUGAGGACCCCUACCUGGAGGACAGCUCCGCCUCGCUGGGCCCCCUCGCUUUCCAGCCCGUGCCCUUCAGCCAGGCUGGCAACCCCGUCAUGAGCACUGUGGCGUUCCUGGCAUCCGUGGUGGACCCCCGUGUGGCCUCCGCCGCCGCCAAGUCCGCCCUGGAGGAGUUCUCUCGAAUGAAAGAGGAGGUGCCGGCCGCUUUAGUGGAGGCGCACGUCCGGAGGGUGGAGGAGGCUGCACGUGUCAGUGGGAGGCAUGAUCCCCUGUACGGCCUGGAGGGCAGCGGCAUCGCCGGCACUGACCUGGAGGAGGGCGAGAGGCCAGAAGAAAGCAGUGAGGAGAGCAAGAGUGAUGGUCAGCCCAGUGAGGAGAGGAGAGAGAGCAAGGAAAGUAAAGAGGGAGCCAUGGAGGAGGAGGAAAAGCAGGGAGAAAAUGGGAAGAAGGAGGAAGAGCGAGGGCGAGAAGGAGAGGGAGAGAGAGAGGGAGACAAAACAGACUCAGAAAUGGGUAAUGGAGAGAAGGAGAAAGACGGGAGAGAGGGGUCGGAGGAGGGGAGGAGAGACGGAGAGAGCGAGGGUGAGCGGAAGGCCAAAGUGGAACGGGAUGUUGGGGAAGGAAAUUUGGCCACCGCCGCUGCCUCUGCUCUGGCCGCUGCUGCUGUCAAAGCCAAGCACCUGGCAGCAGUGGAGGAGCGGAAGAUCAAGUCUCUGGUGGCCCUGCUGGUGGAGACGCAGAUGAAGAAGCUGGAGAUCAAACUCAGACACUUUGAGGAGCUGGAGACCAUCAUGGACAGAGAGAGAGAGGCGCUGGAGUACCAGAGGCAGCAGCUGCUGGCCGACCGGCAGUCCUUCCAUAUGGAGCAGCUGAAGUACGCAGAGAUGAGGGCCCGGCAGCAGCACUUCCAGCAAAUCCAGCACCAGCAGCACAGCCAGACGCCGCCGCAGCACCCCUCCACUGGCCCCCUGCCGCCGCCCCAGGGCGUGGCAAGCUCCCAGCCCGGUCCCGGGACCCCGGGCCCGCCACCCGCCCCCAGCCCCGCGCCGCCGUCCUCAGUCGCCAACCCCGUGGGCACGCCCUCGUCUGGGCAGCCGCCGGAGCCGCCGUCCCAGGGCCCCCACACCUCUCCCCCCGUGCCCCCGGGUCCGCCUCCGGCUCCCCCGUCCUCUGCCGGCCACGCUCCAGCUCUCCACGACGCCAGCGUGCCCCCUGAUGGGCUCCAUGCUACCGCUCCUGUUCCACCACCACAAUGAGAGGAAGGAGGACAAGAGGGGGAGGACGGGAUAGGGAGUGAGGAAACCAAGGGACAGACAGAGUGAGCAACAGCAAGAGAGACGGUCAGAAAGACAAUAGAGAGAGCAAAAGAACAGGGCACUGAGUCACCCAUAAGACUGAGCAAUGCUGUGAUGUGUUUGCCCCCAAAAACCUACUUGUAAUACCUAAGGAAGAAGGACAAGGCAGGGACUGAUAGUUGUGUCAUUUGUUGCCAGGACCAGCAGAGAAAUUCUUUGGUCAGGAUUAGUAAAAGGGUGACUGAAAAAACUCCUUCUUUCUUGCCUUGGAUGAGAACAGGAUGAGAAGAGCACACUCAUCAAAAGGGCAAACUCAGAACCAAUGGCAAUCAAGUGCUGAUCAAAUUCAGCCAAUCAGAGUCCUCUUCAGUCUUGAGCUUGAAGAACUUCUGUCCUGCUGUAAAGGGUACAUUCAUUUAUUGAUAUUGUCUGUGGCUUGGCUUCCCUCCGUUUUACCCAGCAGCACUCAGUCCUAAAACACAGAGCAUAAAUAAAUAUGACUCCACCUGCACCUCGGGUGUGUGCAACACGUUUUGACAUGUGUAGUGUAUUUAUCCGUCAGCAAUCUGUACCACAGAAUAAUAUUAACAGGCCUUUUCACUUGCACGUUGACCUUUUUCCUUCCCAUAUUAAGGCAAGUUGCUGGUUACUUUGUUGACUGAUUCAGAGGAGGUCUGUUUUAGUCACGCAUUUAGUCUGUGGUUGCAAGCUGACCCCCUGGUUCAUAAAGCCAGUGUGUAAACUCUGAAUUUAUGCCAAUGCUCAUGCUGAAGAGCAUCGUGGAUGCACAGAUGUGCACCAUUGAUGGCCCAACCUUUACAGCCCAUAGCUGGCAUUCUUGUGCCCUUCUCUCUGUCCAGUACAAGCCAUGUAACGAUGUUUGUUUCCUGAAUCUGUCUCUCUUAACUCACUCACCUGUCUGUCUCUAUAGGCACUUGGUAAGAAAAAUGGAAGGGUAGAUUGGAGGCAUUAAGAUUUACAAGAGCGUAACAUGCUGUUUCCGAACGGACUUCAACAAUGACAGACAUAAUAGAUUGUGGGCAUAAUACAUUCAGUAUUACAGGGAAGGGGGGGGGUUCAAUUUUUGGCCAACAACUGGUAUGUGAUGUAGUUGGGGAAAAAAUAGCACUUUGAGAAUAUUUUUAAAAAUUCUUAAACUCCUGGCUUUUUUCGGUGACUGGAAAAAUGAAGGAUUUUGUUUAGUCUUUUUAAAUUUGAUCCUGGAAGUCAAUUGACCUGAGGAAGCACUUAAAAAUGAUAUUGAUAAAAACAGUGGUGAGAAUGAUAGCUACAAUAUUGUGUAUUCUGUUGUUUUUGAUUCUUAAAUGAUGUGGCCAGUCGGAAUGACUUCUGAGAAGAGCUCGAUGUGAUUAGUUGCUUGUUGCAUUGCGAGAGUGUGGGUUACGUUAGUCGGGUUCCCAUGAAAAAAUUCGAUUAGGCAAUUGGCCAAAGAGAAGCAGCACCUUCCUAUGCACUAAAUUCCCCUUCCAUGGGACUGCAGUCCACUCAAUUUGAUACUGAGUCAGAUUUUUCACAUGGAAUGUAUUUGGUUUGUUCAGUGGUCAAAUAAAAAUAGUGAAUGAGAAGACCCAGUUAUCUUGAGCUGAAGAAACUGGCAUCUGCUGCUUUGCAGAGCAAAGAACCUUGGAAUUUCCUGACAUUCGCAGAUAUGAAAACGUGUGUCCAAACAUGACAGUGCAUCGGCUUUAACUCAAGGCAAAAAAGUCCUUUGGGAACUAUACUGUGGUUAUUUGCUGUUGGGACAGUCUCCAGUAUCCAAUCAGGAUCUGCUCAAUAUGACACUCUAACCCCCAGUGCCGUUGAGUGGGUUGACAUGUACAGCUAGAGUAUGCGUGUGACACAGCACCUUUGAGGGAGGCUGCUUCAGGAGUUUAUGCCGAGUGCACAAGCAGACACAAAGCAGGGGAAGUCUCUUCUCUUUGGAUUGAUGACUCAGAUCAUUGUAGUGGCAUUCUCUGUUUUUAAAGAUCAACAGGAAACCUCUCUUGGUGAAUUAUUGCUUGAUGAUGAUCUUGUAUUCUAACUGAAAUUACAUCAAUGAAACAAAGCUAUUUUUCAAAUGAGGUGGGGAGGUGUCAUUUUUAGAUUGAAUGACACAAAAAGCUAUCUCACUUAUAUCUAGCACAUGUCAUUUCAUCUUUAUGACUCCUUUCCAGACCAUGAUAAGACCUGAAAUGGAUUAGAGUGACUUGAAGAGGCAAUCCAUUUGUAUGAAAUAUACAGUGGGAGUGGGAGUGUGUGCGUGUGUGUGUGAGUGAGUUGAUAGGUCCUUGUCCAGCCAAUAUGAGGUGUUGACAUAUGAAGGAAUGCAUUUUUUUUAUUUCUGAGAGGAGUAAAAUUGAUCUAGAAAGACCAAGAUCUGUAGCUGAAGCUAGGUCAGCACAUAGAAAGGAAUUUCUACAGUGAUUUUCUAGAAUGAUAUCUUCAUUGUACAUCUUUUCCUAUUUUUAUAUUUCUGACUGUGGGUUUAUCAUGUUCCUUGAUUAGUACAACCAUGGCAUUAUUGUGGCUGUUAUUAUCUAUGUAUCCAUCUAUUUAUCAUGCUUUCUUUACAUAAUCAUAUGUACCCUGAUACCUUUUUUUGGGUUGUGUCUGUAAAGUGUGAGUCAGUGAGAUUGUCUAUAUGUGUGUGAGUGCUCACUGCAUUACCAUUCUCUGAAGCUUCCUUUCCUUCAAACUCAACAGCUUAGUCUGCAUACAUCUUUUAAAUGGCUGAUGAACACACACACACGCGCGGUCGCAUGCAGGCACGCACACACACACGUAUGCGCACAGACACACGUGCGCGCAAGCGUGCUAUUCAGCUAGCCAGUAUUAGAAACUCUCUCAUGGUGUACACUCCCAAGGAAUGAAAGCUGUUUUCUGUGUUUUAUGUUGUGUGGACCUUGUGAAGAAAUGUUUGUCUGUGUUUAUUUUCUAUUUAUUGUUUUUUAUGGCUAACAAUAAUGAUUGCAGUGUUAACCGUUAUGAAUGAUGCAGUACACAGAGACCCACCUUUUCUCUGUCACAGCUGUGCAGAAAGUUUGCAUUGUGAGUUUGUCAUUGGCUCUAUAAAUAAAAAUGAGUAAGACAAAAAAGUUCUUAUUGACAUAAACAGAUUGGGGAAAAAAUACAGAUAAAAUGUUAUGAGAUCAA